AAAACACACAUUUAAAUUCAAAACCCAAAUGUGUGUAGCUAAGAAAAUUUUCAAAUUUGGAUUAAAUUCAAAAAACAAAACCCAACAAAACAGAAACAGAACACACAUCAUCUCCGAAGUGGUGUUGUCUCCCUGAAAAUGGCGACCCGCUACAAGUCGUACGAUUCACGCUCUUCCACUUCCUCCAUUUUCUCCGAUCCCUCCUCAUCCAUAGACCUCAACACUUCCUCUUCUGGGAAACCUAAAUCCUCUUUCUCUCGAGCCCUUGUGAAAUCGAACCCCUUGGAUGUCGACCAUGGUUGCCGGAGCAAGAGCAAGGCCACCACCACUCACUACAACUUCACCAGCAUGGUUAAGCGAUUUGUGGACAAUAAAUCCAAAACCAAGGCAAUGGGGCAUGCUCAGCUUCUCAUUCCAUCUGAUGUCCUAGCCGAGGACCUCAAGAAGACGGCAAGAAAGGGAGCUGCUUUAACCGUCUUGCAGAGGAAGCUGUUCGGGAAUGGCUCUGCCGGUAAGGACAGGGGCAAAAUGGAGGUGAAAGCCUUGACUGAGGUUAAAGGGAACACUAGGACCUUGGCUAUGGUUUUGAGAAGUGAGAGGGAGCUGUUGAGUGCAAAUAAGGAGCUCGAGAUGGAGAUUGCCGAGCUCAAGCUUCAGCUUCAAGACAAGAACACAGAGGUUGAGAAGCUGAAAGAUUUGUGUUUGAAACAAAGAGAAGAAAUUAAAUCAUUGAAAAAUGCGAUACUGUUUCCAGACGCCAUGAAUUCCCAGCUUCAAGAACUUGUACAAAAGCAAGGUUCGGAGCUGACCCAAGCCAAACAACUAAUCCCAACUCUCCAAAGACAGGUUACUUCUCUUACAGAACAACUCCAAUGCCUUGCCCUGGAUCUUGAUCAGGUGAAAGCAGAUAAGUAUUGUGGUAAUGCAUGUCACCAGCAGUAUGGCAGCUCUCCCAUGACACCCAAAUCUGAUCCUGAUGGACCUUUUGAUUCUUUGGAAUACAGUUCUGGUGAUCCAACAGCUCCUGGUAGUCCAAGUGAUUUGGUCCUUGAAGAUUUAAAUCCCUGUUUAACACCUUACUAUGUUAAGGCAAAAUCCAAGGAAUUUGAUGAGAUUGGCUAUGACUCACCCCAUCAUGAAACCUUCUAUGAGAACAAUAAACAGUCAUUCAAUGGGCUCGGAUUCAGUUCUCGUGCCAAGAACUUGUCCCACAGUUACAGAAUGCUGCUACCAGGAUCCAAUAAAGGAAGCUCCAUGCAUCAUAAACCUUCCUUAAUUGCUUAGUAUCACUCAGUUGAGCAUUUCUGUUCGAAUUUCUUUUCACUUCAUCUUUUCAUCCAUUGCCCCUGCCUUUUGGCAGAUUAUAAUUUAUACUUUUUGAAUAAAAAUUUUAUGUUGUUAGUAGCCAAA